AUGAUGCAACCGGAGAGGAGCGUCCAGGGUUUUAGCUCUAAAUACGGGCAAAAUUCUUUUACAUAUGAUGUUAAGCGAGAUGUGAACAAUGAGGAGACCUUCCAACAGCAACACAGAAGGAAGGCCAUUUCCUCUAGGAACCUGGACGUCGACAUCACCACCUUCAGCCACCGUGUGCAGUGCCGCUGCUCGUGGCAUAAGUUCCUAAGAUGCAUGCUUAUGACCUUUCCCUUCCUAGAAUGGAUGUGUUUGUAUCGAUGCAAGGAGUGGCUCCUUGGAGACUUACUUGCUGGUAUAAGUGUUGGCAUUGUGCAAGUUCCCCAAGUCCUGAUGUAUAGUUUGCUGGCAAGGCAACUGAUUCCUCCUCUCAGUGUCUCUUAUGCAGCCUUCUGUUCUUCAGUAAUUUAUGUAAUUUUUGGAUCAUGCCAUCAAAUGUCCAUUGGUUCCUUCUUCCUUGUGAGUGCUCUGAUGAUCAAUGUUCUGAGGUUGCACCCAUUCAACGGUGGCCGCCUGGUACUGGGAACGUUCACCAAGGAUGAUUUUUCUAGCCCCUUCUUCUCUGAGGCCUAUAACAAAUCCUUGAGCGUGGUGGCAUCCACAACUUUCCUGACAGGAAUUAUUCAGCUAUCAAUGGGCAUGCUGGGUUUCGGCUUCAUUGCCACUUACCUCCCGGAGGCUGCCAUCAGCGCUUACCUGGCGGCCACGGCGCUGCACAUUGUGCUGUCCCAGCUGACCUGCAUCUUCGGCAUUAUGAUUAGUUUCCACGCUGGUCCCAUCUCCUUCUUCUAUAACAUAGUUAACUACUGUGUAGCUCUUCCAAAAGCUAAUUCCACCAGCAUCCUACUAUUUCUAACUGCCGUUUUUGCUCUGAGAAUCAACAAAUAUAUCAGAAUUUCCUUCAAUCGGUACCCCAUCGAGUUUCCCAUGGAAGUCUUUCUGAUUCUUGGCUUCACUGCAUUUGCAAACAAGAUAAACAUAGCCACAGAAAACAGCAGGACGCUCAUUGAUAUGAUCCCUUAUAGCUUCCUGUUUCCUGUAUUGCCAGAUUUGAACAUUCUUCAUACAAUUAUUUUAGAAGCCUUUUCUUUAGCUUUGGUGAGUUCUUCUCUGCUCGUAUUUGUGGGCAAGAAGAUUGCCAGUUUCCAUAACUAUCCUGUCAAUUCCAACCAGGAUUUAAUAGCCAUCGGCCUUUGCAAUGUCGUCAGUUCAUUUUUCAGAUCUUGUGUGUUUACUGGUGCUGUUAUCAGGACUAUUAUCCAGGAUAAAUCUGGAGGAAGACAACAGUUUGCGUCUCUGGUAGGCGCGGGUGUAAUGCUGCUCCUGAUUGUGAAGGUGGGACACAUUUUCUACAAACUGCCGAAUGCUGUGGUGGCUGGUGUCAUCCUGAGCAACAUCCUACCCUAUCUUGAAACCAUUUACAACCUACCCAAUCUCUGGAGACAGAACCAAUAUGAUUGUAUUAUUUGGAUGGUGACAUUCAUAUCUGCCAUUUUCCUGGGGCUGGACGUUGGACUACUCAUUUCAGUAGCUUUUGCCUCCUUCGUCAUCACUUUUCAUUCACACAGAACUAAGAUUCUCCUCCUGGGUCAGAUCCCUAACACCAACAUUUACAGAAGCAUCAGUGACUAUCAGGAGGUUACAAACAUUCCUGGGGUGAAAAUCUUCCAGUGCUGCAACUCCAUUACAUUUGUCAAUGUUUACCACCUAAAGCACAAGCUAUUAAAAGAGAUUGAAAUGGUAAGGGUACCUCUUAAAGAAGAAGAAGUUUUCAGCUUGUUUAAUCGAAAUGAAGCUGGCUUCCAGGAAGAGAAGAUUUGUCAGUGUUUCUGCAGCUGUGAUGAACUGGAACCACUGGCCAGGAUUGUUUACACAGAGAGAUUUGAAAGCAAACAGGACCACGAUACAUCCCCCAUUAACCUGAUCCACUGCUCACAGUUCGAGAGCGUGAACAUGAGCCAAGCUACGUCAGAUGACCAAGAACCCUACAUAAUAUCUUCCACAUCUCAGAGGAAUUGUGGGCAAAACUGUGAGGAGGUGGAGAAAACUCAGCUUCCUAAGAAUCCCUCCAGAAAAGACUUGAUGGCGCUGCCCGAAGCUUCUGAAAAUCAAGGGGAGAGUAGUUUGCCUGUCCCUCACUCAGAGGUAUCGCUUCCAACCAGCACCCACACCAUCAUCCUGGAUUUCUCCAUGGUGCAUUUUGUGGAUUCACAGGCUUCAGUCAUAUUAAGGCAGAUGUGCAAUGCUUUCCAAAAUGCCAACAUUUUGGUGCUCUUUUCAGGAUGUCACUCUUCUGUGGUCAGGGACUUUGAGAGGAAUGACUUCUUUGACGCUGGCAUCACCAAGGCCCAACUGUUCCUCACGCUCCAUGAUGCUGUGCUGUUUGCCUUAUCAAGGAAGUUUCCAGAGUCCUCUGAGUUAAGCGUGGAUGAAUCGGAGACAGUGAUACAGGAAACCUAUUCAGAAACAGACAAGAAUGAAGAGUCAAGACGUAACAUAAGCAGCAGUCUUCUAAGAAUCCCAAAAAGUGCAAGUCCAGGCUUCUCCACAAUGCGGAGGCCAGUAACAGUAACGGAAGAGGAGUCAGAGCUAGAUAUGGAUCUGGAGUCCAUGCUGGAAUCAGAACAAGAGAUUGGGCUGGAUCUGGACCUAGACUUAGACCACAAGAUAGAACCUGAAUCUGAGCUGGAGCCUGAAGCAGAGGUUGAGACAGGGCCCCAGCCCAAGGCCACAUCCAGGCCAAAGAGUCAGUCUUACUCUCUGCAGCAAUAUUGUCCCGUGUAUCAGUCUAUGCCUCCCAACUUCCCACCUGAGACUCAACACAGGACACGGUCAGUGGAAGGGAGGCGUCAAUCUAUGAAUUAAUAUUCAUCCAAGGGCAAUGAAGUUAAGGAUCCCUAGAUUGCAUAAUGGGUCAGAUUCCUCUGGCAAGACCCCCCUCACCCAAAUGGGGUCACUUGGUCGGAGACCUUCGGCGAGUUACGAACCAGCAGUACUUGCUGUGGGCCUCCUCCACCUGCCGGCCUUCUUCCUGGCUCAGCAGUGGGAUCUCGCUCCCAGAUCACAAUGCUAAACACCAAAAAUAGUUUCUGAAUUCCCUCUCCAGGCUCACCUCAUUUAACCUUCAGCCGAUAUUCUAGCAAAGGAUUUCUUCCUUUGCAUACCUCACAAACUCUGGGGUUUUUAUCAGACCACG